GGAUGAUUCAUGAAAAACUGACGCUCGAAUGUUAGAAAUCAACCGUGUUAUUAGAAAAACAUAAUCGCAUCGAAGAAGGAUAUAUCGAAGGAUUGAUUCCACGAUUCUUCUGUCAAGGUUCUGUUAGGUGAAACGUUGAAGAAUUAACGAUGGCAAGGGAACCGGACGAGGAAUUAAGAAAGGCGUUUUCACAACUUCAAGAAAAAAUGGUCGACACUACGCAAAAAUUACAAUUAGCGGAUAUGCAGAUAGAAAAAUUAAGACGGUCUAAAUUGUUUGCUGAGCUCACUGUCCGAGAGAUAACCUCUUAUCCAAAGAACACCAAGACAUACGAGUCUGUUGGUAGAAUGUUUCUUCUGGAUGAUAUAGAAAAUAUUAAAUCAGGUCUAGACAAACGAAUGAGCACAGCCGACGAGAAGAUGAAAACUCUUGAGAACAACAAAACAUACUUGCAGCAGAACUUAAAAGAAUGCAAGAAUAAUAUCAGAGAAAUGAUUCAACAAAGGCAGAACAAAGAUGCAUCCGGCUAAUGCUGAAAUUUUAGAGAAAAACUGUAUUCCAUUUUUAUGCAUUGUGAAAACACUUUGCACUAUAU